AAUCAAUUCAAUCACAACUACACUUGAUUUCUUCAAAGACUGCACGAUAGGAAGGCGCAACCUCAACAAGUAGCUACCCUCCAUAUCUUGAACGCGCGACAUCCCGGACUACAACUACCAAGCCCUCAAGAUGGCGACCGUCGCCGACGAGCUCUUGAACGACUUUGAGUCAGACGCCGAGGAUGAGAACCAGGAGUCGCUCGAAGGCGACAUUAUGACACACUCGAUAUUGCGCCCAUCAGACCCCAGCGAUGCACAUGGAGAGGGCGGCAUGGAACUGGAUGGCGACGAGGAAGAGCCUGACGAUGAAGAGGGAGAUGAGGCAGCACCGAAUGGCAAGAUUCAAGAGACCGAGACUGAGGAAGAAGCAAGAGCCAGAGUUGAGAAGAUGGACCUUGGUGCCGUGGGAGAUGUGCGCAGUGUCGCAAACUUGAUGAAGACACUACAACCAGUCCUCGAGAAAAUCGCCCACUAUCAAAACCUGCCCUCCGAUCAACAGACCAAGAACAUUGGCUCCAUCGAAGACAAUCCCGAGUACAAGCUUUUGACCGAGUCCAACACACUCUCUACCUCUAUCGAUGGUGAAGUCAUCCUGGUUCACAAAUUCAUCCGCGAUCAUUACUCGACACGCUUUCCCGAGCUUGAAAGAUUGGUUCAGAACCCUCUCGACUAUGCAAAGACUGUCGCAAUCAUUGGAAAUGGCCCCAUGGAGGAUGUCAAGAGCCUGUCAAAUUCAACAGACAACCCUGUCGGCCAGUCGCUUCGCCAAGUACUGGAUGGCCCUACAAUGAUGGUUGUUACUGUGGAAGCAACAACCACAAGAGGUGUCCCUCUCUCAGACUCUGAGCUCGCCAACGUCCGUCGCGCCUGCGACAUGAUUCUUCAACUCGACAAGGCCAAACGAACACUGACCGACUACGUGCAAUCUCGCAUGAACGUCUUUGCACCCAACCUCACAGUCCUGAUUGGAUCCUUGACAGCGGCUCAACUCAUCAACUUCGCGGGUGGUAUUGCAGGACUAGCAAAGACUCCCUCUUGCAACAUCCCUCCACUUGGAUCAAAGAAGCAGACUCAAACCGGUUUCGCGACAAACGUCGGAGUCCGCCACCAAGGUUUCCUCUACAACUCCCCUCUCGUCCGCGAAGUCCCCAGUGACCUGAAGAAGCAAGCCAUGCGCAUCGUUUCCGCAAAGGUCGUCCUCGCUGCACGUAUGGAUCGCGUCCACGCCUCGCCCAACGGCGCGGAUGGCGAGCUCCUCAAAGAACAAUGCAUAAACCGCCUCGACAAACUAGUAGAACCAGCACCCAACCGAGGAGCCCGCGCUCUGCCCGCGCCCGACGACAAACCCAGUCGCAAACGCGGUGGCCGCAGAGCCAGAAAGGCAAAGGAAGCAACCGCCAUGACCGACCUCCGCAAAGCACAAAACCGCAUGGCUUUCGGCAAGGAAGAAGCGGAAAUCGGCUACGGCACCGGCGAUGGCACGACAGGUCUCGGAAUGAUAGGAGCAGCACAGACCGGAUCCAUCCGCACACAACAAAUCGACCAACGCACGCGCGCGAAACUGUCAAAGAAGAAUCCAGGUUGGGGUGGCGCUACACCCGCACCCUCUGGUCUUGCAUCUACCUUCCACGGCGGUUUUGGCUCGGGCACAGCGUCAGUGCUCAGGAACUCUGGUCUCAGGACUUCUGGCGUGGGUAUGGGAUCAGGUACAUCUAGUAUCGCAUUCACACCUGUGCAAGGCUUGGAAUUGGUGGAUCCAAAGGUCAGAGAUGAGAUGAAUAGGAAAAGAAAGGCGGACGAGGAUAGAUGGUUCAAAGGCGGCACCUUUACACAAAUCGGUGGAAGUGCAUCUUCGGCACCGGGAGCUGGAGCUAGUAAUGGAGGAUUCAAAGUUCCUGCUCUGCCUCCGCCGGGAAAGAAGAGGGAUACCGGUGCUACCAAGUGAGGAAAGAGCGUCCCGGGAAUCUCAAUAUCCUUCAUUUCAGCUGGAGCAAAUCGAUGGUAUUGACUAUGCUCGCCAACAGAAUCAUUAUCAGAGUAACUUGCAUCUCACCUAUACCUUCCACUCCAAUCUUCGUGCUGUGUUUCAAUCUCAAGCAUUUUGAUACUGGAACACUGGACUUGCUUUUAAUGAAGCAAUCAAAUAAUAAAACUCGCAGACCGUCUGUUUGCAAAACGAGGCUUUUAGGUAUUCACCAUCGUAACGAACAGCCGAAGCACUCAAUAAAAUGCAUGUGGUUUCUGCAACAUGAUUCACUUUGACAUAUAUGCUCACUAAUGCACAC